UUGCCAUAUUAUUCAUGCCGGGCAAGAUGGCGGCGAUACGGCCGAGGUAUUAUUGCCAGUGGAUAUGAACAGGCAUUUUGAUCAUAGUAUAAAACGGAAUAAGAGAUAUUCAUGGUUACGAAUAGAACAGUAUAGCAUUGCUGUAACGCCGGCGUCUAUACUAGUUUGGAUUUCUGCUUUUCUAGGUGUUUUUUAACCAGAAUGUUCAGGUUGUAGCUCGCUCCGACCGAGCAGCUAGCUCACCGAGGCUAGUCCGGCAGCUAGCUACCAUCACAGAGAAAGCGGAGAAUGGGAGAAAAGCUGGAACUCAAACUCAAGUCGCCGGUCGGAGCCGAAGCCGCUGGCUACCCUUGGCCGUUACCAGUAUACGAUAAACACCAUGACGCCGCCCAUGAAAUCAUCGAGACCAUCCGAUGGGUGUGUGAGGAGAUUCCAGACCUCAAACUGGCGAUGGAAAACUAUGUACUCAUCGACUACGACACAAAGUGCUUUGAAAGCAUGCAGAGACUUUGCGAUAAGUACAACAGAGCCAUCGACGGCAUUCACCAACUGUGGAAGGGGACGGCCAACAUGAAGCUGAACAAGAGGCCGUCCAACGGGCUGCUGAGGCACAUCCUGCAGCAGGUGUACAACCACUCGGUCACGGACCCCGAGAAGCUCAACAACUACGAGCCCUUCUCGCCCGAGGUGUACGGCGAGACCUCCUUCGACCUGGUGGCGCAGAUCAUCGGCGAGAUGGAGAUGAUGGAGGACGACACCUUCGUGGACCUCGGCAGCGGUGUCGGCCAGGUGGUGCUGCAAGUGGCGGCAGCAACCAACUGUAAGCACUACUUCGGGGUGGAGAAGGCAGACAUCCCCGCCACAUACGCAGAGUCCAUGGAUAAAGAGUUCAAGAAGUGGAUGAAGUGGUACGGGAAAAAGCACGGCGAAUACACGCUUGAAAGGGGGGAUUUUCUCUCUGAAGAAUGGAAGGAAAGGAUUGCCAACACCAGUGUUAUAUUCGUGAAUAACUUUGCCUUCGGUCCGGAGGUCGACCACCAGCUGAAGGAGCGUUUUGCCAACAUGAAGGAAGGUGGAAAAAUUGUAUCCUCAAAACCGUUUGCACCUCUAAAUUUUAGAAUAAACAGUCGAAACUUGAGCGAUAUCGGCACAAUAAUGCGGGUCGUCGAGCUGUCUCCUCUCCGGGGAUCGGUGUCCUGGACAGGGAAACCGGUCUCCUACUACCUGCACACCAUAGACCGAACCAUACUUGAAAACUAUUUUUCUAGCCUGAAAAAUCCUAAACUCAGGGAGGAGCAGGAGAUUGUGCGGCGGCGGCAGCAGAAGGACACCAAGGACAGCAAGAGCAACAGCACUACACCCACCAAGCCCAAAGAGCCGACCAAGGUGCUACAGCAGGAUUCCUGCGGUGAGGAGGAGGAGCCUAGCCCUGUGGCGCAGAAGGCGUCGCCCAAGCCGCGGCGGGCCCGGCUGCUCUCCAAGGGCCGCAAGCUGAACAACAAGAAGCGCGGGCGGCCCAAGAAGGCGGCGGCGGCGGCGGCGGUGGUGGUGGUGGCGGCGGCGGCGGCGGUGGAGCGCAAGAACAACAAAAAGGGCCAGAGCGCACUGGACCUGCUGCACGCCAAGACCCUCUCCGCGGCACCCCCUCAGGAUGCGUACCGGUCUCCUCAGACUCCCUACUACCAGCUACCUCCCAAGGUGCAGCACUACGCCUCUAGCCAGCUGCUAAUGAGCCCCACUCCUCCAGGCCUGCAGCAUCUACUGGACAACAUCAAGGUCCAGUACCUGCAGUUCAUGGGCUACAUGAAGACGCCGCAGUACCGGUCCAACCUGCAGCAGCUGCUGGAGCAGGAGAAGCUGAAGCAGCGUGAGCUCUCAGGACAGGCGGAGAACCUCCACUCCGUGUGCGAGUCCCACCGGGAGAAGAUCAAACGGCUGUUCCAGACCAAGCUGGACGAGCUGGGGGUGAAGGCUCUGACGGUGGAGGACCUCCUGCAGGCGCAGAAGGAGAUCUCUGCCCACAACCGGCAGCUGAAGGAGCAGACCAAGCAGCUGGAGAGGGAGAUGUCUGAGCUACGGGACCACAGCCUGCUGCUGCUGAAGGCUCGUUGUGAGGAGCUGCGUUUGGACUGGGGAUCUCUGUGCCUGGAGAGCCUGCUGAAGGAGAAGCAGGCACUGCGGAGGCAGAUCUCGGAGAAGCAGAGGCACUGCCUGGAGCUGCAGAUCAGCAUCGUGGAGCUGGAGAAGAGCCAACGGCAGCAGGAGCUCCUCCAGCUGAAGUCGUACGGGCCGUGCGACGGCUCCCCCUACAGGAAGGGGCUGGACCCGCGGCAGGGCCUGGACGCGGACCCCUCCAAGAUGCUGCUGUCCUCGGGCCCCGCCCACAACGGCCUGGGCGCCGAGGUCAACGGCGCCAAGGGGGACCUGCUCACGCGCUACCUGCCCGCCAUCGCCAUGGAGCACGAGGCCGCCCCCAACGGGCGGGCCGCGCGCCACCUGGGGGUCUGCCACGCCCUGCCCGACUACACCCGCUUCUCCCCGGCCAAGAUCGCCCUGCGGCGCCACCUCAACCAGGACACGUCGCUGCAGCUGCGCGGCAUGGCGCUGGCCACUCACAGGGGGGAACUGUGUGGUGUGAUGUCACCCCUGGGGGCAAAGCUCAACUGUCCCUCUCCCAGCUCCUCCGACGGCCACAACGGCACGCCCAAGGCCUCCGACAGGGGUGGGAAGGAGAAGAGUCCGUCUGGGCUGGGCGGGGACCCCCCCAUAAAGAGCCUGCCCAUCAGUAUCCCCCUGAGCACCGUCCAUCCCAGUAAGCUGCCAGUCAGCAUCCCGCUGGCCAGUGUGGUGCUGCCCAGCCGAGCAGAGAGACUGAGGAAUACUCCCAGUCCUGUGUCUCAGACGGGACAGACCAACGGCUUCUGUUCUGGCUCAGGGCUGAUGAACGGCGGCUGUCACUCUGACGACCACGACGGCGCCUCUCCCUCCCCUCACCCCCACGCCAACGCCUGCCCGGCGGGCCCGCCCGCUGCCGGCGGGGGGGUGCUCCACUACGCCGACGGGCCCCCCCGGAUCCCCCCCGAGGACCUCCCACCGGGGGCGGAGUCGGACGCCGAGCCGCAGGACGGCGAGUCCCGCCGCCGCAUCUUCUUCUCGUCCUCGUCCUCCUCGUCCUCGUCCUCCUCUUCCUCGUCGUCCCUGGGGGGGGCGGCGGCGGCGGCGCGGCACCACCACCACCAUCACCACGGCAACAACGGCAACAACAACGCCGGCAAGCAGGGUCAUCACGGUAGCCACGGAAACAACCACCAUCACCAUCAGCACCACUCCCAUCAUCAGUCGCCCGGGGUUCAGCAGCAGCAGCAGCACGCACACCCCCCCACCCCCCCGCUGCACGGGACGGGGGCCCAGGAGGGGCGGAAGCGCGGGCGGAGGAAGCGCAGCUCCACGGGGGCCGCCUCGGCCGCCAGCGUCUCCCCCAAGAGGAGGUCGUUCCACGGGCUGGGGGCCGGCAGUCACCCGUCGGGCUCCCCGCUCAACAUCAACACCAUGGUGAACAACAUCAACCAGCCCCUGGAGAUCUCGGCCAUCUCGUCCCCGGAGCAGGGCAGCCCGGCCGGCGGCGACCGGGAGCAGCCGCCCGUCCUGAAGCGGGAGCGGCCCCUGGAGCCCAACGGGACGGGCGCGUACUCCUCGGCCCUCAGCUCGGACGACGACGGCGACUCGGGCUACCCCGCCGACACCUCCAGCUCACGAAUUGAAAGGAAGAUUGCCACCAUAUCGUUGGAGAGCAGAGACGGUCCCAGCAGGACCGGAGAGGGAGGAGAGAGAGGAAGGAAGUCUGGUGGCAGCAGUGGCCACAGCACCGGCAGCGACGCCUCCUCCUCCUCCUCCUCCUCCUCCUCUUCCUCCUCCUCCUCCCUCUGCUCCACCAGCAAGUGGAAGUCCACCUUCUCCCCCAUCUCCGACCCCAAGCACCCGGGCUCCGACAUGAGGCAGGGGGGCUCCCCCUUCGGCCUGGGGGCCCCCUGCCGCGGCCCGGACCCCGACUCCUCGGACCACAAGCAGCAGCAGCAGGGCCGGAGGGGCAGCGAGGGGGAGGCGGCCACCUUCUCCUCCUCCAACCCCUUCCUCAGCCAGGAGGUGGUGCUCCGGGGAGGGGGUGGAGGAGGUGGUGGUGGAGGAGGGUCGCAGGGCGGCGGCGGCGGCGGCGGCGGUCUGGACCAGCGCCAGAGCUUCCAGAAGCAGAAGGGGUCCCGGGACUGGGAGCUGAAGGGCGGCGGCGGCGGAGGCCUGGCCGGCCAGAACCUGUUCAUGGCCGCCGCCAGCGGGGGCGGAGCCGGGGGCGGCGGCGGCGGCCGGAGCGGGAAGGCGGGCGGCGGGCCCGCGGCGGCCUCGUCGGCCGCGGGGCCGGGAGGGCAGUACCUGGGGGCCCAGUUCUCCCUGGGGGGGCCGACCGUGCUGCAGUCGCUGUUCGGCGCCCAGACGGGAGCGCCCACGGUGAACAGCGGGGCGCGGCUGGUCAACGGCCACUGCUCCAUGGGGGGCUUCUCCAGCGCCGGGCUGGCCGGUGGAGCGGCGGGAGGUAUCUUUCACCACGUGGCGCCCUCCGUGUCGUCCCAUCAGUUCGGCAGCGCGCUGCCCGUCCCCGGGGGCCUGGGGCCCCUGCUCGGCCUGGCCUCCUCCGCCUCGGCCCCCGCCCAGCAGCACGCCGCCGCCCCCCCCCCGGCGGGCUCCGCGCGGCUGGCUGCGGGCUCCGCGCGGCUGGCUGCGGGCUCCGCCUCCUCCCUGUCCCAGGCACAGCAGGGCCGCACGCAGUCGGUCCUGCAGGGCCCCCCCUCCAAGUCCGGCGGGGGCACCGGCUCCCUGCCGCCGCCGCUGCACUGCGCGGCCCCCGCGCCCGCCUCCUCGGCGCCACACCUCCAUCUCGCAGGCCCCCCCUCGUCAUGCGCCCCCUCCUCCCACUACUCCUCCCUGCAGCACCAGCGAGCUCACUCCUCCCUCUCCUCCUCCACCAUCCCCCCUGCUUCUGUGUCCGCUGCCGCCGCCGCUGCCACAGCCUCCCACUCCUCCUCCUCCGCCUCUUCCUCUGCUCGGCCCUUCUCGGGGCACUACCCCCCCCGCCCGCCCCCCCCUCCGCCCGCCAGCAGCUCAGCGGGGGCUGGGGCGGGCGCGUGGAGGACUCAGAGUGUGACCGGCUCCCAAGGUGCCGCGCAGCUCUCCGGCAACCGACCCAGAUAGGGCGGGGAGGGGGGUGCGAGGGGGGGGGGGGGGGGGGGUUUAGGCGGGGCGGGGUGGAGGAGCCCAGGUGGUUGUCGAGCAAUCAGAGGAAGAGGGACAGUGAGUCUGGCUCUGGCCCCCCGCGGUUCUGCCUCAGAACAGGGUAACUGAUGAAAACUACCUCAACCCAACGUGAACCUAUGCAACCGGGACGCUCACCGUACCUACCGAUGCUUCAGAACGCCUCCAGACCCACCGCCUCGAGACCGGCCACCGGACUGGGAUGUAACGCGUCUGCACCACUCUAUUCUCACACACACACGCACACGCAGGCAAACACGCACAUUCUCAGACACGCACGCAGACUUCCAAAGCAUAAAUCAUGCUUACAAGGGAUGAAAUUUAUGUCGAGAUGAAUACAGAUGUGUCUGUAGUUGGUGGUGCUUACAGGAAUUGAACUUUGUCGUAACAUUACAUUGCGGUGCUCUAAGAACUAGUUUGGUAUUAUUUUUUGUCUUGUCAUGAUUAACCCAUGGCUCUGAUUUUGCUUGAAUGGUGCAUUUAAUUAUUCAAGAAUCAAUGAAUCCUCUUCUAAUUGAAUAGAAUAUUUUCUAUUCGUGAGGUGGAUCCAGGAGUCCCUUGAUAGCCUUCAGAAUUGUCCAAUCACAUCACUGAUCCGUCUGUUAAGCCCCUCCCACUCGUUAUGCCUCGUCCCCACAAGUCAGGCUCCUGAUUGGUCAGUGAAACAAAAAGUGUGUGAAAUCGCAUCUCACUAUGAGGAUAGAAUUUGGGAACAAAUUCUCAUGUUGACUUCGCCCAUCAAUAGAGGACCCCAUCCACUCGGACACCAACUAAAACCCUUUCCGUACUCCUAACGUGAGCCGAACCUGCAACUCUAGCCAAACAUUCUGGGACUCUAACGAGUCAUGUGUUCAGUUGAGCAGCAAACCGGCAUGCACGCAUACACAGGCGCGCGCACGCACACAGACACGCGAACGCAAACACGCUCACACACACAUCCACAUCCUCACACUGGGAAUCCAAAAGCAACAAGGACUACCGUACUACUGGACUGUUGUCACACUUUGUUUUGUUUGGCUUUUUAAUUUUCUAAGUUAUUUUUCUAACAGUGUUUGUACUGUGAAUGGGAUUCAAUAUUAGACUGUACAAUUGUGUAUAAUUUAGAUUAUUAUAUUUAUGCUGACAGUCUUUUUGGUAUAUUUCCCCCCACCCCCCCCCCCUUUAUCAAUCCUAAAUUGGAUGGAUAAAGUAGAAUGCAAUAGUGUCUACUUGACAGUCUGAAAAAAAAAAACAAUGGUGCUAUCUCCAGACUGUGCCUGAACUUAUUUAUUCAAUAUUGAAAACAUCUAAAGUAAGUUAAGACAAAUAAGUACACUUGGUGCUGCUUGUAUACAGGGACUUUUGUUUUGAAAUGCCACCUACUAGUGGCAUUUCCUCUGUUCUGUCUCCUCUCGCCCUAACAAGACUGUGGACUGGACAACGAGGGUUAGGUAAAGCUCGCCUGCAGCAGCUUCCUCCAGAUCCCGUUACGCCCGUAUAAGGCUGUGGCAUUCCCUCUCGUUUCCUUUUUCAAACCAACUGUCACGUUUCACCCGAAAUAGUUUUUAUGUUCUCGAGAUAUUUGGUUUAUGAACACGACACACUGUUUUGUACAUAUGUUAUUGUUGGCUCCUUUUGUCUGUUGUCAUUCUAAAAAAUAAUGGAUAUAUAUAUAAAUAUAUAUAUAUAUAUAGAUACAUAUAUGAAUAUAUAAGUGAAUUGGAGAUAAGAGUUAUGGUAAGGCUGGUCGUAAUAUUUGCUGUACACUCCAAAUUAGAUAACCAUCUUAACAUACCCAUUAGUUUGACCAUCGAUGGUGUGACUUUAAAGGUUGGGUAUGGGAUUUGCGAAACGCCAGCAGAUUUUGAAAAUGCAUAACUCAAAUGGUCCUACCCGCUCUCCUUCAACGCUGACUCUGACUCCACCCAUUCCAAGUACAUGGACGCGCAAUCAUGCACGAGCGCGAACACAGAUGCGCGAGAGCGAGCCAUUAGCUAGUUAGCUAGCUCCAGUAGCUACCGCAGGAUAACAAAAAACAGAAGCUUGCUCUGUGUCACGAGCUUUGAGUACGUGCACGAAGGGGUCGCGCGGGGGGAGGGGGAGUGCAGUACGACCGUUUGAUUGACGUACUUACUGUCAAAUGCCACUCGGUGGUUCUGGAAAUCAUUGGCUGGAGUUUUUCGAGCCCUGCCCGUUCCACAGAUGAUUGACUUGUUUAAUUUUCAUGUCAGUACUUCUAACUCAGUGGGUUAUGAUAACGAUUUCAAUUUUUUUUUUAAAAAUGGCCAAAAAAGAGAAUUCCAUACCCAACCUUUAACCAGAAUCUAGUGGUGGAAUCAUCUUGAAAUGUGUCAGCCGUUUUAACGUGGGUUUUAUGUUUCUUUUUACCAUAUUAGAUUGUGCGGGAGGAAAAUGGUGCUUUUUUUCCAAAUAAUAAAUAUCAUUUAAUAAUAAUUUUAUUUUGGUGCAUACAAAACGAAACCUCAGCCUCAUCGCCCACUUCCGGUCCUCGCUCGACGGCGGCCACGUCUGGUGACAGCGGGUCUGUGACGUCAUCACGGUGGUUUGAAUAGUGAACCUGUACUUUGAACCCACGCCUGUUACUGAUUUCCGAGGGUCAGUUGGAAAACGGUAAACGGGUCCAACAGAAAGUCUGUUGAGAGGAAGCAGGUUUUCGUUCAGUUUAGCAACAGACGUCAUGAUUGGUCCAAAGGAUAAUCAAAGCUUUUGAUUGGUAGUGCUUUCCUCUAGACUCGGGUUUGGUUGAUCUGUGAACACCAAUGUGUUUGUGAGGGGGUUCUUUUUCUAGUUGAAAAAGAAAAAAAAACUAAAUCAUUUUUCAAAACCCAUAGCCGAUCUUAAGUUCCCAGCACUGAGAGGUCUUUUGUAAUUGUAGGAUCUUGUUGACACUGUUCAGAUAUUUCUUAUACCUGGUGUUUGAUACGAGUUCUGUUGUUCUGUAUUAAGCUUUUACGUUUUGACUCAAAACGCUGAUCGACUUUGAAUACUACUUGUGUUGACAGCGCGGUGCUCUCCUUCACUUAAAACAAGGAACAUGCAGCUAUUGAGAAAGUUCUCCUUUCCUGUUUUCUGUGUGCUACAAAAGGAGCAUGGUUUGGUGACGCUCAACCCAGCUUGUCUGGUGACUAUCCGAUGCUCCAUCUCUCAAACGUCCUACUAUCUCAACGGCUGGGGCGAUGUAUGUGCGAGAGAGAAUACGUUUGUUUUGGUAGCCGUGAGCGCUUCUUCCUUUUUGGUUUACUCCUUUUGUUUUAAACCCUGUUCCUGUUCGCCGUCGCCUCCUAUAUAGAGGCAAAGCGACGCGGAGUUGUCGCCGAGGUCCCUCUUCGGUCGAGCGCGACGCGCGUAAAAUCCUCCGCUCUGUUCUCCGUCUUUGUGACGAGAGAGAGCGCUGCAGCAAUACAAGUGGCUGGUUAUUUUGAAUCCUGCCAAAGGUUACACUCAGGAAGAACUCUUGAUUGCUUGAAAUUAUGCUACAAUGCAACCCACCAAACGACUGCAUUACGCUGCUGUCGCGGGGUCAUGUGGAGAGGCUGUCUGGCGCCUCUCCAGCCGGCGUUCAGCCAGCAUCGCACAGUCACCUGACGAUUGGCCUUCGAAAAAAAGCGCCUUUGACCUCACGUGCUACGUCUCCUUGACGAAACAACGUGUUCUCCCUGACCCGUACAUCAGGCCACUUCAGCCAAGGCCUUUUCUGUCCCAAACGCCUCGCUUUAGGACCAGAGCUCUGGGUGGGAUUAGAGAUGGAGCGAUUCAGUUGCUGCAGUCCUUGACGUAGGAGAUGCUGUCGUUUCAGAACACCUGACCUGUGUAUAGUGGGGCCAGGCCUGUCCUUAACGUAGGAAGAGCAGUGGUUUAAUACAGGAGACCUGUGUAUAGUGGCCUGUCCUUAACGUAGGGUAAGUGUUGGUUUUACUACAGGUGUGUAUAGUGGAGGGCAGGCUUGAGCUGCAAUAAAGGCAAACCCAGGUUCCAAAACGCCCUGGGGGUUUCCAUGGAGAUAUUCUUGCUAGUUGGUGUUGGUGCUUUUAUCUUAAGAUGUUCUAAUGACGAAUUGAAAUGUUUUGUUUUGCUUUUUAUGAUUAUUAUUAUUAAAAUGGUUUGAUAUAAA